AUGUCUGACGCCGAGAUGAAACUUGAAAUGGGGGAUGAGGCUCCAACUCAAGUAGACGAGCUUGACGUGGCUUUGGCUCGUUUGCAAGAGUCGCCUCACGACACAGAAGGAUGGAAACGUGCGAUUGAUCUUGCGGAAUCGAUGAACGACAUGUCCCGUAUUCGCAAGGCCUACGACGCCUUGCUUAAACAGUUCCCCAACAACCCGUCUGCCCAAGCCGCCUACAUCAACCACUUUCUUGUUAGCAAAGCGACAUCGAGCGAGGCGGAAGAGCUUCUCAACAAAUUCUUGCGAACGUCACCAGCGGUCGAUCUUUGGCGCUGCUAUCUAGACUACGUACAAGGAACGAACCAGCACAGCGCCCAGACUCGCGAGACGAUCCGCAAAGCGUUCGAGUUUGCACUUAACCACAUCGGCCAAGACCGCGACAGCGGCUUUAUCCACGCCGCUUAUAUUAAGUUCCUCAAUGAAGCAGAAACGACGACGACGUGGGAUACUCAACAAAAAAUGGAUGGUCUUCGAAAAGUCUACCAUCGCGCUGUUCAAAUUCCGCUCGACAAUGUCGAGAAACUCUGGUCUGACCUCGAAGCUUUCGAGAACGGGCUGAACAAAAUCACCGCCAAGAAGUUCAUGGCUGACUUGUCUCCCGCCCACAUGCAGGCUCGCACCGUCCUUCGCCAGCUGUCGACCCAUCUCAAUGGCUUGAAUCUCAACAGUCCCACGAAUGGCCUGAUCCUCCCGGUCCUCCCAUCAUUCAAUCAAGCCGACCGCCAGCUCGUUGCGCGAUGGAAAGCUUACCUCAAGUGGGAAGAGGGCAACCCUUUGGAAAUUGACGACAAAGAUAAAGCGGCACUGAUCAACCGCAUCCAACUAAUGUACCGUAAGGCUUUAGUGCGCAUGCGAUAUUAUCCCGAAAUAUGGUUCAUGGCUUAUUCCUGGAAUCUCAGCGUCGGCAACACCACCGAGGCAAUUUCCAUAUUGAAACAAGGUUUGGAAGCAAACCCAGACAGCCACUCGCUCACCUACGCAUAUGCUGAGCAACUCGAGCUGCUCGAGCUCAACAGCAAAAAGGAACAGCGGGAAUAUGCUGAAGUCCAUGCUCUCUACGAGCGCUUCUUCGCCAUCCUACGGGCUAAUCUAGUCCGCUUGUCACAGGUGGCCACUGUUGCCCCCACUGAUUCGAAUUCCUCGCCCCCGGAUCCAUUUGGAGACGAGCCAAUGCCGGAUGCGACCAAGGAGGCCAACAGUGUCGAAAAUCCCAUGGCCGAGGAACUUUCGGAGCACAAGAAGCAAUACUCCAAUGUGUGGAUCAAUUAUAUGCGUUUUUCGCGGAGAUCACAAGGGCAUAAAGCGGCGCGCGAUGCGUUUGGGAAGGCGAGGCGGGAUGAAUAUACUGGUUGGGAAGUCUUUGAGGCGGCGGCUCUUACGGAAUACAGAUGCAAUUUGGAUGAUGGCCGCGACGUUGCUGCUCGCAUCUUCGAGAUGGGAAUGAAGAAAUAUGCAACUGAGCCGCAAUAUGUCCUGAGCCAUCUUGGGUUCUUGUUGACAGUGAACGACGAGAACAAUGCGAGGGCUUUAUUUGAGCGUGUGAUCAACACAUUCACACCCCAGCAAGCCAAGCCAAUUUGGGAGCGAUGGUCAAGGUCCCAGUACAUGUACGAUGACCUGAAAGGUGUUUUGGAACUGGAACGACGAAUGGCGGAGGUAUAUCAGAAUGAUGCACCCAUCAAACGCUUUGCGCAGCGUCACACAUAUCAUAGCAUCGACCCAAUUGCUGACCAUGAUUUGGGAUUUUCCAAAUCGCGCAAACAAAAUCAAACAGCACCUGGAACACAGGCUACACCCAGUAACGGCCCGAAUUCUCUUGCGCCAAGCAGCUCGUUGCCAAACCUUAACUCGAAUAAACGACCGCCCCCUCCACCGGACCGGAAACCGCCAGAGCACAACAAGCGUCCACGGCAGGAUCGCCCACCAGCGCGAUACUCGCCACCACCACGAAGGGAUCCUUCCCCAGCUCGCAGUAAGGAGGAUCCACGACACGUGACGCUGCCUGCAAAGCUGUACUGGUUUGUGCAGCAACUGCCCCCGCCGGAGACUUACGAUGGCCCGCUCUUCAACGCGGAGCUUCUCCUCGAAAGGCUCAAGGGUGCGGUCAUUCUCAGCCAAAACAAGUCGCGUACUCCGCCUCCACAAUCCUCUGGUCAGCCGUCUUCGCCUCCAACUGGUCGAUCGAAUCGCCCACCUCCGGACUACGGACCAUAUCAGGGGCCCAACAGCAAUCCCACGAGACGAGGACGAUAUUGA